AUGGCCUUGACCGCCCGGGAUUCCUUGUCCACCGAGCAUGUUUCCAAACAGAUCGGCGUGAUAGUGUGCAGCCAACGAAAACCUCGUGCCGGUCUACAGAUAGGGACUUUCGUGCUCGACUCACUCAAGCAAUACCAACGCAGCCACCCAUCCUCACAGCCAGCUGAAAUCAUUCUCAUCGACCUUGCCGACCAUCCCCUCCCUCUGUACGACGAGCCAGGCAUCCCAUCUCAAAUCCACUCUUCAUCGGGCUACACGCACGCCCACACGCGAGCCUGGUCGGACCUGAUCAACAGCUUCGCCGCGUUCGUCUUCGUCACGCCGCAGUAUAACUGGGGCUGCCCGGCCAGCAUCAAGAACGCCAUCGACUAUCUGUACCACGAAUGGACAGGCAAGCCGGCCAUGGUCGUCAGUUACGGCGGCCACGGGGGAGGCAAGGCCGCGGCACAGUUGAAGGAGGUUCUGCAUGGUUUGCGCAUGAAGGUGGUGCCGAAUCAUGUCGAGUUGGCCUUCCCAGGCCGCGACUUCUUGGUCAAAGCUGCUGGAGGCGCAGAUCUGGGGCUUCGGGUAGUCGACGACAACGGCAACGACAACGACAACGACAACGGGACUCAAGAGACAGUCUGGGCCAAAGAAGCGGCAGAUAUACACAAGGCGUUUGAAGACUUGCUUGGGCUAUUGGCCGGACAAGGAUCUGAGGCAUGA